UAUUAUAUUUGGGAUUACCCAACACCAUCCAAAAACUCUUGAUCGUUUCGCAGAAAGCCAGAGCCAAUCAGCAGAUAUCAUGUUCAAUUUUAUGGGGUUUACUAUAAAUCAAAGCAAAUCAACCACAACCCAGUUCCGUUUAUGAAAUUUGUGGAGUUGGGUUGUGCUUUGUUUUGGAUUUGAUAUUGAUUAAUCCAUUCAAAUUGCGUGGUUAGAGUCGUUCCUCUAGAAGAUCUAACAAAAAGCUCUGGGUUGUUUUCUUGGAAGGGACACCACUCAUUCACUGAAGGUUUGAUCACACAAGGGUCGAGAGUGGGACUGCCUGUGUGAGAAAAUUUGUGGUAACUGACGUUGAAGUUUGAUCCAUGCCUCUUGCAGUUUAAGAGAGUUGAACAAAUGACAAAAAUUCAUUCUUCGGGAGUGUAGAUUUAAUUUCCUGCAGCUGCCGGUACUUUCUGCCUACUUGAUUUUUAUUGGGAUGAGUAUCAUAAGGUCACAAAUUCAUUCAAGGUGGGAAGAUUUCGCUGCAAGGCAGGAUUAAUCACUUUAUGGUCAUGGAUAAUUCUAAUGAGACAUCUAAUGGAUGUAGAACAGUCAACAACGGCCAUAUGGUUACGCGGCACAGUUCUUACUUAGCAAGCAAUAGGGUAUCACUACCAUGGCUUGAUGUGAGAGUCUUUUAUGUUAGAAUAUGCAAAUGUGAGAUUGAUGAUUCCACACCUGAGUCUCUCACACUUGACCACAUCCCACUAAAUCCUGAUACCCUUCUUGAAGUGAAUGGUAUCAGGACCGGCAUGAAUUCUAAUGGAGCAUCGACUCUUCUUAGAAGGGAUCGACUUGAUAAGAAAUCUGAAGAAACUACAUUUGUCAGCACGGAUAGUAUAAGGAUGUCUGGGAGCGUGAAGUUUGAAGUUUUCGAUGAGGAUGUCCUUGUGCUAUCAGGCGUUUUAGAAUUGUGUAAAAGUAAUGGUCUUCCUGGUGAAUCAAGAAACAAUUGCCAGGGUUGGAGCAUGAACAUCAACUCAGAUAUCACUAUAGAUACUUGUUUCCUGAAAGCAAAACAAUUCAUGGGUCAAGAUUCAUUUUCACCAACAAUUGAAGUCUAUGUUGCAGGAUCCUUCUUGGACUCUCCAAUAAUCUUAACCAAGACUAUGCAGCUUGUAAGAAGGAGGCAAAUAAAGAAGGGUCCUUUAGAGUCGAUACCAGAAUGUGAGGCAUCCGAAUGCAAGGAAAAUGUUCCUACCCAGUUUGCUUUGGAGGCAUCAGAUUACAAACCAGAAAAUGAAGAUUACCAUCACCGGUACUCGGGGAUGGAAUAUUUUGAUGGAGAAGAUGGGGAGCUAUCAUGGUUCAAUGCUGGUGUUAGGGUGGGUGUUGGCAUUGGCCUUAGCAUGUGUGUCGGAAUAGGAAUAGGAGUGGGCUUGCUGGUUCGAACUUACCAAGGAACCUCCCGAAACUUUAGACGACGGCUGCUAUAAUCCACACUCAUCCCUGUUUACCAUUUUAGCAUAAUAGUACAUUAGAUUCUACAUCUUGUAAUCAAGAGGAAGAGAACUUUGGUUGUUUCUGAAGGAUUCCCAUUGUGAUUUUGGGGCUCCACAUCUGUAUAAAAGCAGUAUCGUUGCCCUAUGGCCUAUGUAUCCUGCACUUACCUGCAUAUGCAAGAAAUUAUCUAUUAACAUCGCUUGCCCCAUAUGAAUGCUACAUUGUGUUGAA